AUGGAGCGAUUCGAAAACCUUGAGGAUGUCCGAGGCUGUGAAUUUGUCGUUUGGCAAAAUUAUUACAGUGAAGACUGGAGACGUGCGAGAGGCCUGAACAGAGUGGCGUACUUCGAGGUGGAGAUCCUGGACCCAAAAACCAGGACACAGCUCUGCUACCUGGACAAGGUGGAGCCGAGCGCCACCAUCGGAGAAAUCAAAGUCCUGCUGCACAGAUUGUAUCCAAAGUGGUAUCCAGCGAGACAAGCUCUGAGACUCCACCCUGAGGGAAAACCUCUUAAAGAUGAAGAUGUUUUGGAGGAGCUGCCCGUAGGAACGACGGCCACCAUGUUCCUGCAGGACCUCGGGCCUCAGAUAGGAUGGACCAUGGUGUUUCUAUCAGAAAGUAUUGGGCCAUUAUUUAUUUACCUGCUGUUUUACUAUCGGCUGCCGUUUCUCUACAGUUCUGAAUAUGCGUACACUCGGAGCUCCCAUGCCGUGAUCAGGUUGGCAUGUGUGUGUCACACUCUGCACUACGUCAAGAAAUUAGUGGAGACCAUUUUCAUCCACCGCUUUUCACACGGAACUCUACCACUGAACACCAUCGCCCUGAAUUGUUUAUAUUAUUGGGGAUUUGCAGCAUGGUUAGCGUACUACAUCAACCACCCACUUUAUACCACACCCAUGUACGGAAAAAUACAGAUCUACAUGUCACUGAUUACAUUUCUGCUGUGUGAAUGUGGAAACUUCUCAAUUCACCUCGUUCUAAAUCAACUCAGCUGUAACGGUUCGAGGCCACUGCAGAUUCCAUACCCGAGUAAAAACCCCUUUACAUGGCUCUUCUUCUUCGUUUCCUGUCCAAACUACACAUAUGAAUUGGGUUCAUGGAUCAGCUUCACAGUGAUGACACAAUGUGUUCCAGUGGGUGUGUUUACUCUGUUUGCGUUUGUACAGAUGACCAUCUGGGCUCGAGGAAAACACAAAACCUACAUGCAGGAGUUCCAGAAUUAUCCUGAGCUCAGGAGCGCCAUCAUUCCACUCUUCCUCUAGUGAUUUGGGACACAGCCAGAAAAUAAAUCACAAUGCAGGAAGUAAUACAGUAGAUUCAGAAACAAGCUCCGCCCCAAACACACACCUCACCCCUACCUAGUGUCCUUACAUUAACAUUAACACUAAACUCAGAGAAAACAGGAAGUAACUUUACAGUGAACAGGAGGAAACCAACAUCACACACCAGCAUACUGUAAUAAACAUCUGGGAGUUUCAGCUUUAAUUUGACCUUGAUUUGACUUUGACACAACCCAAUGUCACUGUAAUCUGAAUUAUAUAAAUAAAUAUUUACAAAAUGAUAUUUAUUUAUUUGUAAUAAAACUAAGAAUUUUCUACAAAGAGAAAUGUUUUCAGGAUCCCAAACGUAUAAACCUCCGUGAGCAUCAGCUGGAAAAUAAAAAUACAUGUGUGUAUACAUAUGUGUGUGUGUGUGUGUGUGUGUGUGUGUGUGUGUGUGUGUGUGUGUGUGUGUGCGUUUUACAUGUUCAGUUGUACAUUGAGGCUCAGGACGUCGCAUUAAAUCAAACAAGCAGAAAAUUAUACAUAAUAAUAAGGGCUUUAUUUUGACUAAAGUGCUGCAGCAAUGUGUGUGUGUGUGUGUGUGUGUGUGUGUGUGUGUGUGUGUGUGUGUGUGUGUGUGUGUGUGUGUGUGUGUGUGUGUGUGUGUGUGUGUGUGUGUGUGUGUGUGUGUGUGUGUGUGUGUGUGUGUGUGUGUGUGUGUGUAUAGGUACUUGCGUGUGUUUCAGCAGUUAUAAUUAAACAGGCACAGCUUCAGUAGUAUAGCACAAACAGA